GCAGAUAGGAGGCCUUCGGAAGUCUUAUUUGCAUCCGUGAGACAAAUCUCAAUGCAACACAACUUUCAUAUUUAUCAAAUACACAGUUGAAUGUGUGUUGAGUUUAGGCAUGUGUUAGCUUUUAGACAUCAUGCCAACGUCAAGCAGAAAGAAGCAGGCAAAGGACUCCGCGGUGCAGGGGACCAACGACAGCAGCGUGGUGAGCAAGCUGUCGGCCGCAGCGAGGCGCUACUUCCACGACGACUUCCUCCGACACUUUGUGUGCAAAGAGGCCAGGAGAGCCCCGCUCAUCAACAGGGGGUACUAUGUGCGCUGGAAAGCCGUGGACUUCUGUGUGAGGAGGUUCCUGCACGUGACCAAGAACUGCCCCAUGAGACAAAUCCUGUCUUUGGGGGCCGGGUUCGACUCCGCGUACUUCCGCCUGCACGCCGACGGAGCGCUCGACAGGGCGGUUGUGUUUGAGGUCGAUUUCCCCGACGUCAGCCGGCGCAAAGCCGCCCUGAUCGCUUCUAAUGUGACGCUGAGGGACGCGCUGCAGCCGGGCUCAGCUCCUCCCGCGGGACCGGUCCACGUGUCCAGCGCCCAGUACCGGCUGAUCGGGGUGGAUGUCAGAGAGGAGACCCGGGUGGAGGAGGCUCUGGGUGCCGCCGGUCUGGACCGGGCUGCCCCCACCCUCAUUCUCUCUGAAGUGGUGCUCACCUACAUGGAGACACAAUCGUCGGAUGCCGUCAUCAGUUGGGCGUCGAAGCUGCUGCCGCAGUCGCUCUUCGUCAUGUACGAGCAGAUGCAUCCGGGCGAUCCCUUCGGCCGCGUCAUGCAAAAUCAUUUCCUGAAGCUGAAUUCAACCCUCCACGGCCUUCGGCGGUACCCGGACGCUGCGGCGCAGAGGCGACGGUUCCUGGAGCAGGGCUGGGAGCAGUGCGUGUGUCUGGAUAUGAACCACUUCUACCUCGGGAUGGUGCCCGAGGAGGAGAGACGCAGGGUGGAGAGCCUGGAGCCGUUUGACGAAUAUGAGGAGUGGCACCAGAAAUGUUCACACUACUUCAUCCUUACUGCCUCCCGGGGCUCCUUGAUGGCUCAGGCGUUACUCCCGCCUGCUCCAGCCGCCUCUAUUGGCCCAUCUUGGAGCCCCGCGGCCCUCAGCGUGCGGCUCGUGCCGGUCGACACGGAGGGGCUGGGGAUGGCUUCCACCUCGGUGAGCCCGGGGCAGGUCCUGCUAACGGGAGGCUCGGCCAGAGGAGGCAGGGGGCCGGUGGCCCGGAUACUCCUCAGGGACCAGGAAGGGUGGAGAUCCGUCAGCGUGGAACCAACAGUAGAUUUAGGUGUUCGACUCUACCACACUGCUACCGCUCUUCCUGGAGGCGGUGUCGUGGUCUUCGGGGGCCGCUCCUCCCCUCUGAACCCAAUCAGGGGCCUUAUGAGAGUAACCCCGGACGCCCUCGGCCCACCCGGCACACGGAAACUCUGUGUGGAGCCGAUGGUCUGUACGGGUGACCCGCCGGCGCCGAGAUGGAGGCACACCGCCACUAGUGUCAGUCACCAAGGCAAAAGCUUUCUGUUUGUGUUCGGUGGAAAGAAUGAAUCUGAGGCAGCUCUGGGCGACGGCGGCUUCCUGAGUGUAGACCAGCAGCACUGGACCGAGGUCCCAGUAGAGGGCGCACCCCCGGAGGCUCGUCAUUCCCACUCCGCCUGUUCACAUCAGGGAGGUGUGGUGGUGUUUGGAGGACUGGACAGGAGGGGGGUGCCACUGGGGGGUCCGGCCGUGCUGCGGCCAACCGGCGGAGGCUUCUGCUGGGAGAGGGUGGAGGUGCGGCCCCCCGUUGUUCCCAGGUAUUCUCACUCGGCCCACGUGAUGGCCGGGAGGCUGCUCCUGGUGGGCGGAGUCUGGCUGCAUCCGGACGGCGUGCCGGGCGUCGCCGUGAUCGACCUCGCCGCGCGCAGCAGCCUGGAGUUCCGGCUGGACACGAGCUCGGUGCCCUGGCCCCUGAUGCUCCACUCGUUCUGCUCCGAGCUGACGGACCCAGAAGAAGCGGAGCUGCUCCUGGUGGGUGGGGGAGGAAACUGUUUCUCCUUUGGGACUCACUUCAACCUUCAGCCGGUCACUGUGGACCUCAGAGCUGCAGCCUGAACUUCUAUGAAGCUGUGAAAGCUUUUAUCUGGUUGCCUCGAUUUAAUGAUGAUGCCUCAAUAUGUACCCCCCCACCCCCCCUCCCCCCACACACACACACUCUCAAUUUAGCAGGACCAUCAGCUAUUUUUACCGUUAUUAUUUGCUGAUUCUGACCAACUCCUUCAGCUCUCAUCCGAUCCGCUGGAGGUCCAGGGGGGGGGCACUGUAGAACCAGAACGUGGACUACACAGGACAGACUGUGAAGGUUUUGUAAAGGGACCCUGGUGCCAAGAUCAACACAUGACAGUUGCCGAAGGAAAGGAACGCCUCACGUAUGGAAAAGCCAAAGAAAUGUUCUCAGUUUGCUUUCUGGACUCUUUUUAUUUAUUUAUUCAUCAUAGUGAAUUAAAAUCAUCGCAAAUAUCAG